AGUGUUAGAGAGAGAAACAAAAGUGAGUGAGUGAGAGAGAGAGUGAGAGAGAAACAGAGUGAGGGAGAGAGAGAAACAGAGUGAGGGGGAGAGAGAGAGAGGAGAAAAGGAACAAUCUUUGAGAGUUUUUGAUCCUAGAUUUAGGACUUUCGAAGAGUUUCAGGAAUCUCUGAGUGAUUUUCUAAUCUGGGUUUUGUGUUUUGGUGUUUCUGGAUGAUCUGAGGAAGUUUCUUGAUCUGGGGAUAUUGGCAAACCGGAAUGGGAAAUCCAAAUGGAGAACCGGGUUUACUACAACUUUCGAGUCUGUUCAUCAACGGAACCCAGCAACUUCGUGAUCUUCUUCUUCUUCAACAGAAUCCUCUGUUCAUGAUGAUGUGAAUUCGUUGGUCGUCAUUAUCAUCUAAAUAAGAUUUUGUUUGAGAAAAAAAAAGCUUGAGGAAUCCGAUGAUUGUUUUAUGGUAGAUUGAUUUGAGCAAGUUUUAGAUUAGUUCGAUUCUUUCAUUCUUUAUUUGAAUAUAGAUUUCUUCGUUCAUUUUGGGGAGGGGAUUCAUUUCAUUCAUCAUUUUUUUUCUUCUCAAAUUUGCAUAUUAAGUCACACCAACCAAAAAAAAUCAUUCUUUUCUUUUCACCUUGAUUUGACAACAAUUCAUUCUUUUUAUUUCAUCAUAGGACUCACUUUGAUUUCAUAACAUAAGAAAAACAGGAUAAAAAAACACACCCUUUUGAUUUUGAUUCUUUAUUCAUCGGAUUCCAUUUUUUUUCAUCAAUUGCUGUUUGUGCAAACACACACACACACAGACACUUAGAGCAUCUCUCACAUUCUGUAAGAAUCAAGAAACCUGGAAUUUAGAUAUUUGGGUGGGUAGAUUUUGUAGAGGAUGUUGGCAGGUUGUUCAAGCUCUUCAUUGUUGUCCCCGACCCGAAGAUUAAGGAGUGAAGCAGUAGCAGCAACAUCAGCAGCAGUAGCAGUGCAUUUUCCCAUGAACACACAGAGAUUGGACUUACCCUGCAGUAGUAGCUUCUCUCGCAAGGAAACACCUUCGAACCGACCACUUGGAAGAAGCAUCUCACUCGACAACAACAACAACAACAGCAACAAACCUAUUGAGCGCAAGACCGGUGGUUGUUCACUUAAGCAGAGCAUAAAGCUUCCACCUUUGGCAACAACAAGAGGAAGUGGAGACGGGUUUUCUUGGAACAACAACAACAACAACAGAGGGAAGAAGAGUCUGAAGAGAUUGGCGGAGGAGGACAAGGAGGACGAGUCUUGUCUGAGCAGAGUGAAGAGGCAAAGAGGCGAAACCGAGGAUGAUCAUAGUAGGAGUUUCUGGUUUGAGCAUUUCACUGCGCAGAACACAUCUCCAGGACUACCUUUUACUCUGACUUGUUCAGGUGAUGAUGAGGAAAAAGUUUGUUUUGCGCCAAGCGAAGUGAUCUCUCAGCCUUUACCGAGUAAUCCAAACUGGGUUAACUCGUCGGUGAUAACUGAGUUAGCUGGUUUAGGCGAUAAGGACAUUGAGAGUAGCCGUCCUGCAGCAGUUAAGGAAGCAUCUGGAUCAUCAACAAGCGCAUCAUCAGAGAGUCAUAGCUUAAGACACAGAGUUCAAGAACCUACAAAUGGUUCAAGGAAUCCAUAUUCACACCGAGGCAACGCAGAGGAAAGAACCAGCGAAAACAUCAACAACAACAACAAUCACAGGAACGAUCUGCAGAGGGAUUUCGAGCUCGUGAAUUUGGUUACUGGAUGCUUAGAAGCGAUCAGAACAAGGAACAUAGCUGCGAUCAACCAUUUCAUCGCGAGAACCGGUGAUCUUGCAUCACCUAGAGGAAGAACACCAAUGACUCGACUCAUAUCUUACUACAUUGAAGCUUUGGCUCUUCGAGUGGCUCGUAUGUGGCCUCACAUCUUCCACAUCGCACCGCCUCGUGAGUUCGAGAGAACAGUCGAGGACGAAUCAGGAAACGCAUUGAGGUUCUUGAAUCAAGUGACACCGAUUCCAAAGUUCAUUCAUUUCACAGCAAACGAGAUGUUACUCAGAGCGUUCGAAGGAAAAGAGAGAGUCCACAUAAUCGAUUUCGACAUCAAGCAAGGUUUACAAUGGCCUAGCUUCUUCCAGAGCUUAGCUUCAAGGUCAAAUCCACCGCAACACGUGCGUAUCACUGGAAUCGGAGAAUCCAAACUCGAGCUCAACGAGACCGGAGAUCGUCUCCAUGGAUUCGCAGAGGCGAUGAACCUUCAAUUCGAGUUUCAUCCCGUUGUUGAUAGGCUCGAGGACGUUAGGCUAUGGAUGCUUCACGUCAAGGAAGGAGAAUCAGUCGCUGUAAACUGCGUUUUGCAGAUGCACAAGACGCUCUACGAUGGAACGGGAGGGGCGAUUAGGGAUUUCGUGGGUUUGAUCAGAAGCACGAACCCAGUCGCUCUCGUAAUCGCGGAGCAGGAAGCGGAACACAACUCGAUGCAGCUCGAGACGCGAGUCUGUAACUCGCUCAAGUACUAUUCGGCGAUUUUCGACGCGAUUCACACCAAUCUGGGUACGGAUAGCUUGAUCAGAGUCAAAAUCGAGGAGAUGUUGUUCGGGAGAGAGAUCAGGAACAUUGUGGCGUGCGAAGGGAGUCAUCGGCAAGAGAGGCAUGUGGGUUUUCGCCAUUGGAGGAGGAUGAUGGAGCAAUUAGGGUUUCGGAGUUUAGGCGUCUCGGAGAGGGAGGUUUUGCAGAGCAAGAUGCUGCUUAGGAUGUAUGGAUCUGGCAACGAAGGAUUCUUCAAUGUCGAGCAAAGCGAUGAAGACGGCGUUGGAGGCGGAGGUGGAGUCACGUUACGGUGGUCAGAUCAGCCGCUUUACACGAUCUCGGCUUGGGCUAUCGCCGGAAUCGGAGGGAGUUCUUCGUUUUAAAUAAAAAGAAAUCUUAUACAUUUAGGGUUUUUAGAGACUUUAGAGAAAGAGGAAAAUGGUUUUUUUAAAAAAAAAUAGGGGAAAAUUUGAUUUUAUUCUUUUAUUCUUUUUUCUUGGGGGUACGAAAAUUUCUUUUAUAAAAAUUUAAUGAUUAGAAGAAAUAUUUUGUCUUAGUUUGGAAUUUUUGCAUGUAAGUGGAAGAAAUAUUUUGUAUUAGUAUGAAGUUUUUUAU